AUGGUCAGUGAAACAUAUGUUCAAGGAACAAAGAAGAAACCUGCCUGUCCAGGACUUGGUCUGUUUUAUACUGUACUGUCUGCCUUCCUUUUCUCAGUGGCUUCUUUAUUUCUUAAAAAAAUAGAAGGUGUACAUUCAGUGGAAGUGAGUGCAUUUCGAUGUGUUUUCCAAAUGGCAUUCGUUCUUCCUGGUUUAAUAUACUACAAAACAGGGUUUUUGGGACCAAAAGGUACAAGAAUUUUUCUUUUCUUCCGAGGAUUCCUUGGCUCUUUCGCAAUGGUUCUUCUCUACUAUGCGUUCCAAGUCAUGCCACUAGCUGAUGCCACUGUUAUAACUUUUAGCAGUCCUGUUUUUACUUCGUUUCUGGCAUGGAUCUUUCUCAAAGAGAAAUACAGCCUUUGGGAUCUUCUGUUUACCCUCUUUGCAAUCAUUGGAGUGGUUCUUAUUGCCAGACCACCUUUUCUGUUUGGGUCAAGCGUUACAGAGGUUGAAGGAAGUUACACAGAUCACCUUAAAGGAACUAUAGCAGCAAUUACAAGCACAGUGUCUGCAGCUUCGACUUUUAUUAUACUAAGGAAGAUGGGAAAAUCUGUGCAUUAUUUCUUGUCAAUUUGGUAUUAUGCAGUCAUUGGUUUAAUUGGAUGUGUUAUAGCAAUGUUCGUUAUGAAUGAAUGGCGUUUACCAUAUUGUGGUAAAGAUAGGGUUCUUCUAAUAUUAAUAGGCUUAUUAGGAUUAGGAGGUCAGAUAUUUCUCACAAAAGCAUUACAGAUCGAAAAAGCUGGACCUGUAUCCAUAAUGAGAACAAUGGAUGUGGUGUUUGCUUUUAUUUUACAAAUUCUUUUUCUCAAUCAUCUACCAACUUGGUGGACUGUGGGUGGUGCCCUUUGUGUAGUAGCUAGUAGUUCUGGAACUGCCAUUCGUAAGUGGCGACAAAGCUUGAAGAAGGCUAAGCAAAAUGAAAUCUAA